AUGGAUCACAUCAUUUGGGGUAUUAAUAUUGGUGUUCUGAAUGAAAUCGUAUCUUUGAAAGCAAAAUCAACCAUAAAAGGGUAUAAAGACUCUUUUUCACUAGCAAAGGCACUGUUAAAAUUACUAAAAUCAUUCUUUGAUUAUAAGAUCAUUUAUGAUAAGGAAAUGGAAUUAGUCAAUGAGAUAAAGGAGAUACCAGAUAAAUUGAUUUUUGAAGAUACAAUCGCAGUAUAAUGUGCUAACAGUUUAAUUAAUAGUAGGUAGAAAAGAAGAAUUAAACAGCUUAAUUUUAUAGUAACAUCACUUAGAAUUGUAAUGUUGUUGAGAAGAUUAAAAUUGUUUGGAUUAAAUAAAAAAAUCAGCAAAAUAUUUUAUUCAUGCAGUGGUUUAACUAUAACAUUUAUAAACAUUAUGGUUUAAUUAAUCAAUAAUAAUGAAUUGAUAAAUUAGAAAUUGGAGAAGAAUGAAAAAGAAAAAGAGAAAAAGCUUGCAAGAGUUAAUUCUUUCAUUCCUUAGAAUCAUUAAUUAAAGAAAGUUAAGUCAGAACUUGAUAGGAGUCUUAGGAGAAGACUCAGAAAAUGA